CAUAAUUGAAUUUUGGUGUUUUAGGAGGUAGAUUUAAUUGUUUAGGUUUUAUUUAAUGCCUAUGAAAAACCGUUAUUAGCAGAAAGAAAAUGGCGGCUCCACCGCACCAUUUCAUGCAAAACUUGAAUAUGCCGGGGCAGGGCGGAAUGCGUGGUACUUUCGCUCCUGGGCCAGUCCAAAACAGUUUAGGAGGAACUGGAAUGCAAAACACCAUGCCCAAUCAAAUGACCAGCCCGAUGGGUACCCCCAUAAUCGGGCAGAUUAAUAAUCCGUUAAACGGUGCCAUGAGCCCCCUCAACACUCAAUUGAAUGCGGCUAUGAAUCCUGCACUGAACAGUAAUUCGGCGUUGCUCAGUCAGAUGAACCAACAAUACAGUAUGAAUAGUCCAAUCAGUAGCAACAUAAGCGGUUCUAUAACCCCAAUGCCAGGAAACCAACUGGUGUCCCACCAAACCCCACCAAUGCCGAUGCAGCAGAGGCCCAUAGAAUUUACUCCAGGACUCAACCACCAUGAGAUGACUCAAUCCCAGACCCCAGGUGUGACACCUACUCCGCCUUCUCAUACACCUCAACAACAGCAAUCCAAGGAGUUCAAUACGGCAUCCUUAUGCAGGUUGGGACAAGAGACGGUACAGGAUAUUGUUAGUAGGACGCAGGAAGUGUUUCAAACAUUAAAAGCUAUUCAGCCUCCCAGCGGUACGACGCAAUCAUCAACUGCCAGUAACGAAAAGAAAGCGAAGGUUCAGGAGUUAUUGCGCACCAUACGCGUCCUGUUCAAGAGGCUGCGAUUAAUAUACGAGAAAUGUAAUGAAAACUGCCAGAUUCAGGGUAUGGAGUACACCCACAUCGAGAGUUUGAUUCCGUUCCGCGACGAACUGGAUCCGAAACACGAAGAGAAGAAAAACUCGGAAACGUACAGGCUGGCCUGCGAAGAGAGCAAAGAAGUAAUGGAGCAAGUGAUACUGAAGAACAAGCAGUUGAAAGAGGUGAUAGAUCACUUGAGGCGCAUCGUGUGGGAGAUCAAUACUAUGCUGACCAUGAGGAAAUCGUAGGACGCCAGGGUACUUUUUGCACGUUUUUUUCUAGUUUUGAAGAGGGAUAUUUUUUUUAAUACGAGGUGGGUAAAAAAGAGCUACCCUGGCCUUUAAAAUGUAUGAAAUUGGAAGAUCUAUGUUUAAAAAAUCGUUUGAGGGGGGCGGAGCUAACGGAAGGACACUCAUAUUGUCUUGGAUGAGUUUCAGAUGACUUAUUCCCCACAUUGGUGAAAGGUUAACACCUGAGUCGCGGUUAAGAUUCUUUAGGACCGCCCCCUUCAAACUAGAUAUAAGUAAGUACAGAGUAGUUAAUGUCUGAACGCGCCAACGUGAGAAAGAUUGAAGCGGAAGAUUUGUAAAUAGUUUCAGUUAUACAGUUUUUGAGUUCCCUAGAACUUGAAAAAGGACUGUGGGAAUUUGGAGUUCACUUGUCUAAAUGCAGAAUGUGAAUGCGUGCAAUGCAAAUUUUAAAUUUAGAGAUUAAAACCGUUAUAAAAAAAGUAAAUACAGGGUGGCCCCAAAUAGUGUGACAAAGUAUACUCGGUAGAAAGUAGUGUGUCACACAGGUGACUCAUAUUAAAAUAUUUAAAUAUGGUACACUUUAUGGGUUUGCAUAGAAUAUUCUCAACGAAUAUUCUAUAUUCCAUCAAUACUUACUAUCCACACUUCUUCCUAAAAUACACAUAGAAUAUUGAAAAAGAGAUAUUUGAGUGUUCUGUAAAUAUUAGUUGCUCCUAAUAAUAUUCUCAGAAUAUGCCAAAGGCCAGGAUUUGUUCAUUUUCUUAGAAUCUAGAUUUAAUAAAAAACGAAAAUAUAUUUAAAAACUAUAGGGGUCAACACAAAAUUUGACUUUGAUUUUAAAGCAUUAAAUUUCGAUAUUGCUCGUUAUUAGUUGGAAAAAAAUGACAUAAAAAAGUUUUAUAUUUAGGAAACCGAUUGAAGGAUAUUUUAAAAAAUCUGUGGUUCUAAUUUUUAAUUGAAAAUAAAACCAUCCAAAUAAAUAUGUUUAUAAGUUUUAUUAUCAUAAUAACUUCCAAAAAAUUGGCAAUAAAAUUAAAAAGUGUACGCUUUUCUUUUAUGUUCAUAAGUAUUUUCUCUCAAUAAACUCCAAAUAUAAUAUCCCGUCAUGUUUUCAUUGUAAUUGUAUGAAUCAAAUGUAAUGAUAACGUUGUUCGAAGCUCAUAGUGUACUGAUGAAAACUCUCUCCCAUGCUGUUUAAAUUUAUCUACAUCCAAAAACUAUUGUUUCAAAACUGUUUCAACUUGCGUUUUGAAUACGAUUUAGCAGCAUUGGAAAUUUUUAAUCGACGAAAGUCUUGUCUAAUUUGCGGACCAACAAAAACUUCAGCAUUAGCCUUUGCUUCAGAUAACUUCGGAAAAAACAUUCAAGUAUUCAAAAGCUUCUGAAGUUUCAUCUAAUUUCUUAACUGGUGUGUGGCAAACAAUCUUCGUCUGAAUCCGCACCUCUUUCAAAGACCUUGGCAUUUUCUACCACACUAAAUUGUCCUUUGCCUCUCAUAUUGAAACCAUUUGCAGAGAUGCAACAAGAUCGAUGGGCUUUAUAUUUCAUAACGCUAAACAGUUUCGGAACAUUCAGGCUCUCAAGCACUGUGCGACAAUUUGGUUCCCCAUUCACGCUAAAUAUAUAGACCAAUUGGAGGGUAUACAGAGAAAGUUCGUUAAAUUCCUGGCAUUUAAAACUGACGGAGUAUUUCCGGCGCGGGGUACUGAACAGUCAUUACUUUUGGAAAGAUUUGAACUCCCGUUUUUAAAAUGGCGAAGAAACUAUCUAGCGGUUAUCUUCCUCUGCAAAAUUGUUCUGUCCAGGAUUGACUGCUCGGAGCUCUUAAUGCAAUUAUCCCUCCAUGUUCCUCAAAAACCUGUCCGCAGUUCGCCAAUUUUCCACCUGCCUACCCAAUCUCCAAAUUUCCUUAUAAAAACUCCCUUAUACAAUGCUAUGUAUCUUUUAAAUGGCCGUUAUAGUGAUAUUGACAUUUUCAACCUCUCCUAUAAUUAGUUAUCAAACAUUCUCAAAACAAUUUUUUUUGUUUAGGCAAUUGAUAUUGUAUCACGCAUAGGCUCUAAGGUAGGAGUACAAGUGUGAGCUCUUUAAUUUGUUUAUACAUUUUGCUAUAUUGUAUUUAAAUGAUGUAUCACAUGCUUGUUAGAUUGUCUUGUAAAUGGAUGUCGAAUCUGUUAGACAAUACAUGAUUAUUAUUAUUAUUAUUAUUAUUAACAAGUUGUUUCAUCAACCCUAUCAUCUUAAAGUCUCCAAUCAGCUGCCAGUUAUACUCGCGAUGCUUUACGAAUUCAAGCAAGAUUUUAGUAAUUUCAUAAAUUUCUUUUAGAUGUACUGAGUGGGAAUUUAUUUCCGUUGUGUAAUAAAGCAGCUUUGAAGCUCUUUGUAGAACUGUCAAUAAAUAAUUCGUACACGUUCAAACACAGGGUAUGCCAAUUUCUUCGAACAUACCAUUUAUGCUAUUUUGACAUCAAACAAAUUCCAUUGUUUUAAGCGAGAUUUUAAAAGUUCUGCUUUUUUUUUUGACAAAAUCCCUUAUCAAGUUGUUAAAUUCUUCUGUAGUAAUAAGAUUUUUUUUUGUUCCAGUGCAGGUAAAAACUCCUUAUCAAAAUUACUUUUAUUAGAGAGAUGAGCAGCUUUUCUGCGAUAAUUUUUUUGGUGGCUCAGGUACUGUUCAUGUCAGGUGCUGUUCGUGUCAGGUCGUGCGCAAUUGGCGCAGAAGAGAUUCAAGAUAGGCAUAUUAGAUUGGUUUUGCAGUUUUACCUCUACGUCUUUUACAUGGAUUUACAAUGCAAAAGUAGCAGUCAUUGACGUAGCAUUUUGGUUGUGUCCAGAACUUUGUUAUUGCAAAUGUCAAUAGACCUUUUCUUACCUCGAUACUAUAGAAGGUUCGUGGAUCUUGAAUAAUACACCACUUUACUGUACUUGGGCGAUCUAUUAUCAAGAAAACUGUUAAAUAUAUUCCACAGGACACGUUAACGCCUGUCAUCACAUUUCCGACAUAUAUUCAAACAUAUAAAACAUAUAAACAAAACUAAAUAUUAUUACAGAAUUGUAUCUAAGAAAACAAAUUCCCACGAUACUCCCCCAAAAUUCUGUAAUACAACAUAAACAUUGCCUUUAAAAUGGAAAUAACUAAAAACAAAAGUAAACAUAGCUACGUGCAGAAAAACAACAGGAUUAUGCUAAUUUUUCAACAAAGUUCAAACAAUUUUUAUAAUUCUUGAAUUUUGGAUUUGACAAAGCUUUUCUUUAAAAUAUCUGUCUGUUGGUUUUUCCGUUGGUACAUAAUGCAAAAUAAUCUUUUUCUACUUCCGUAUGUAAAAUACCUAUUUACACACUAAUCUAGCGUGCGGGAAGCGUCACUUUACCACGUCAGUUUCGUUGAGAUGGCCGUAUUUGUCCAAAUGUUCAUUUGUCCAAAAUCGUAUCGGGACGUUCCGCGCUCCUUCGGGGUAGCGCGGGAGGCAGGCCGGCAAAGCGUUUACGUGGAGAAAGAAUUUUCCUGAAUAGAAAAUAACUAUUAUUUGUUUACAUUACAAUUUUUUUAAAAUACAUCUAUUUGAUAAUAUUUCCAGUGACUCAGCUUAAAAGAUUCAGUUGCAUUUUAAUUAAUCAAAGAGCUAAACCAAUCAUAAAUGUGUUUGUUUAAAGGUUCUCAAUUAUUUUAAAUAAAUCAUUGCGGUCUAAGUAAAAUUGUAUUUAGGUACCUUUUACUAGGAAAAUUGCUUACAGCGAUUAUCACGAAUCAUCAAAGGUUAAUAAAAACGUUGUUCUCACAGCUAAAAUUAUUGAUGAUUUUUAACUUCAUUCAAUAAGCAAUUUGAUUUAUCAAUAUCUCUAUCCAAUACUCUAGCUGCGACUAUUUUCAGAAUAUGGUUGUCAAUGAAAACAUUUUGGAUUGUGCAAAAAAUGAACCAGCUACCUAGAAUACCCAAGAGUCAAAAAGCAAAAGUUAUCUAAGUAGUUAUGAAUAUGAAAAGUAUGAAAAAAUUGAAAUUGCAUUAAAAUUUGAGAAAAGUAAGAAAAUGCCAAUUGUUAAAUAAAAAUCCCUUAGAUGCCAAUGAAAUACCUACCUAUGCAAUAGCGUAAAUUGUUGUUCUUUAUGUCAUGUCCAAUAACAUCUACUUUUUUUUGUAAACUGUUAAUUUUAUUUUGUUUGUAUGUACACUAUAUAGUGGAAACCACCUAUAUAGAUAAUUAAUCAAAGUAAUAUAAUUUUACCGCAUUUUAUAAAUUAAUUUGCUAUCUGAGCCGUGCUUACACUUGUAUUUUAUUUAAUUUGUUAUAAAAUAGCUCAACAAAUGUAAUUAUGCCUUUAUAUUAUUACCUGAUAUACCGGGCGAAAUGGCGCUAUUUUUUGGAUGGUUUUUGUUUAUAAAGUUGAUCAUAAUACGCACAUAUUCAUAAAAUUUGAAAUUAGAUUUUACCGGCUUCUACUGAAACUGAUUUUGUUUUGUACUAAAUAUUUAUAGUUUUGAAAAAGUCAAAUAAUUUGGUAGAUAUAAUAUUCCUACUUAACAUCAAAAUGGCAGUGUGAUGGCAGAAUUACUUUCAAUUUAAAUUUAAACAAAAAAUUAAGUAUAUUUUUUUCCCAUCGAUUGAUACUCUUGUGAGGAAACUAAAAGAUAAUUUAGAAAUAAAUAUUCAAUUAUUUAAUUUGAAAAAUUUUAAUAUCACUAUAUUCAAUGACAGAUCACAACAACCUGGCAAGCCAGUUGAAAACUUCAUUACAAAUUUGCAUUCUCUGGCCCAACAUUGCCAAUUUGGUGCUUUAAAAGAAGAAUUGAUAAGGGACAGGAUCGUUGUAGUUAUGCUAGAUCGAAAAACCAGUGAAAGAUUACAAUUAAAACCGCAAUUAAUCCUAACCGAGUGCGUCUUGGAAGCCAAACAAGCGGAAAUGCAAGCCAGUCAAACCAGAGAACUUCAAAGUUCCAUGCCGCAUCGUACGGGCAACAGCGGAAACGCGGUGAUAGGCGUCGCAGGGUUCCAAGAACAACGAGCUCGUCAGCAGCAACAAAAAAUCAACCUCUCGCGAAGUGGCCGCGGCCCAUUAGGCGGCUUUGCCAAAUCAACCGUCUCGUUCCGAAAUGGGGGAAAUAAAGAAGAUAUCGCGAAGAAAAAAUGCACAUUUUGCAGAUUAUCCAUCCAUCCAAGGGAACGGUGUCCUGCCAACAAAUCAACAUGCCCAUUGUAACGGGUUCAAUUUGUCAUUGGCUACUUCGACUUUUGUUUCUCACAUGUAGGUUAAUAAUGCUCGGAGACUACCUAUUAAAUGUUUUAUUCUCACAAUUACACACGGUCUUAAUCCUCAAAGCGACUGGUAUUGCUAUUAUUCUUCACUACUUCAUUCUGUUUGAACACACUGUAACUGUUUAAUUGCUUGGUGUGGUUUGCCUGUCCUAAAAUAAAUGUAAAUAAGUGUAAGUCCUUGUAUUUUUGCUGCAAUUUGAGAUGUUACGGCGGAAUGCGGUUGGAUUGCACGAGACGAUCGUCCUGUAUUCUUUCUUAUUUCCGAACUAACGGCAAUUUGUAUUGCUUUCAUUUAUUUACACUUGUUGCUUUUUGGAGAGGUUCUUCUUUCUUCUUUACUUUUAAUGGCCACGACUACAUAAGGUCAUUCGGCCAGCUUACACAAUUGUGAACAUUAUUCAAAUAUCUUAAAGAAUGCCUUCUUAAGAGAAGGGUCUGGACCAAUCCAUCAUCCUCCGGAUUUGUUACAUAUACAAAAUGGAAUUUCAACAAAAAAAUAGUUCUUUGACCGAUUACAAAAAACGACCUUCUCCGCUCCCCCCGCGGACCAUCCGGUUCCAUCCGGCCUCCAUACCGGCGUGAACAGGAAAAAACGACGGAGCCAACCAGGAUUAUAACUUUAAAACAU